AAGUUUUAGCGCAGUUCAACUGCGGCCACGGCUUCAUAAUGUGCUCUGUGACUGUGAUUGUCUAGACGAUAUCAAUAACAUGACCCGAAAAACGUGUAUUCGGUUUCACUACUCUGCUCGGGAUAAUUCUAUGCUGUGGAGACAUUUAAUAAAUGGACUCUAACGGACAGCUGAACUUCAAUUCAUCGUUUCCCUCCUCCGCCCGGUGUCAAGCGAAUGGCAAACGUGAAAGUCGCGAUUCGAGUCCGUCCGCUGAACUCCAGGGAGAGUCUGGAUGGAGGACGGUUAGCUGUACAAGUGAAGGACAAAGUGGUGAGGGUCCGAAAUGUGAAGUUGGAGGGACGUUUGGACGGGCGGUCGGAGGGACUGGCUGACUCCAGGGAGAAGUUGAUGGAGUUUGGGUUUGAUUACUGCUACUGGUCUGUGGAUCCAGCGGCUCCCAACUAUGCAUCACAAGAGGAGGUGUUUCAGGACCUGGGUGUGUGUGUCCUGUCUGGGGCUUCAGAGGGGUAUAACGUGUGUCUGUUUGCGUACGGACAGACGGGCUCAGGGAAAACGUACACCAUGAUGGGUACUCCGGACUCCAUUGGGCUGACACCAAGGAUCUGUCAAGGUCUUUUUAGGUCUGAACUUGAAUCUACUGAUGGACAGAGCUGUAGAGUUGAAAUAAGUUUUUUAGAGAUUUAUAAUGAGCGUGUCCGUGAUCUGCUAAGAGGUGCGGAGCAGAAGAAGCCAGCACCCCUGAGGGUUCGAGAACACCCAGAGAAGGGGCCCUACGUGCAGGGUCUUUCUCAGCAUGUAGUGACCGACUACAAGCAAGCAGUGGAUCUGCUUGAGGAGGGCAUCGCUAACCGCAUCACAGCCGCUACACACGUUCAUGACGCUAGCAGUCGAUCUCAUGCCAUCUUUACUAUUCAAUACACACAGGCUAUUCUAGAAAAUAACCUUCCUUCAGAAAUAGUGAGCAAGAUCAACUUGGUGGACCUGGCUGGCAGUGAACGAGCAGACCCUCAAUACUGCAGAGACAGACUAACAGAAGGAGCCAACAUCAACAAAUCUCUUGUCACCCUUGGCAUUGUAAUCUCCGCUCUUGCCCAAAACUCUCAGAUGUUCAGCAGCAGUCAGAGCAUUAACAGUGUGCUCAGUGAGGGUGAAGGGAGCACCGUGGGCAGCCAGUCCAGCUCUCUGUCGGGCAGCGGGCGCAGGCACUGCUUCAUUCCCUACAGGGACUCUGUCCUCACCUGGCUUCUCAAAGACAGUCUGGGCGGCAACUCCAAAACCAUAAUGGUUGCAACUGUCUCACCAUCCAGCAGCAGCUACAAUGAGACUCUGAGCACCCUCCGCUAUGCAGCUCAUGCCAGGAACAUCGUCAACAAGCCAAGAGUCAAUGAGGACGCCAAUGUGAGGUUGAUCAGAGAACUGCGAGAGGAAAUUGAUCGUCUGAAGAGCAUGCUGCUCAACUUUGCAAUGCAGAGGAACCCCAGUCCAUCUCUCAGUGAUGAGAGAGAAGGUAGCUUGUCUGAUAUAGUCCUACAGAAUGAACUGAAGGUGGAGCAGCUGACUAAAGACUGGUCUGACAGUUGGCGUGAUAAGCGAGCUCUGUUGGAGCGCUACAGUGUGGACAUUAACCAGGACAGGGCAGGGGUUCUUAUCCGCUCGCUUCUGCCCCACCUCAUCGCUCUAGAGCCAGACGUCCUCAGCACAGGCGUCACGAUCUACCACCUUCGGGAAGGGGUGACAAGAAUUGGACCUCAGGGCGACAAUCUGGAAGAGCCUCACAUAGUCUUGCCAGAAGGUUCCUCCUGUGAGAUCGGAAAUAAGAGCGGGGUGGUGACUCUGAAGGCUGUCUCAGGGAACAUCUGCAUGGUCAAUGACAGAGAAAUCACGGAGCCCUGCAGACUUGCACAAGGUGCAGUGAUUACCUUAGGAGGACUCCAUAAGUUUAGGUUCAACCAUCCUGCAGAGGCGGCUGUUCUGAGGGAGAGGAGACGGACCAGUGAAGGAGGUUUGGUCUACAGCUCUACAGAGCUCAGCCUACCCAGUUCUGACAUCAGGGUUGAAGCAAGUGUUAAUGAGAGCGGCAAUGGGACAGCACCCAGACAUCGACUAGAGGAGCAGCAGUGGUACAUAGAGUGUCUAGGAGAGGAGAUUCAGAUGGAACAGAAAAGAGCGGAAAGAGAUCUGGAAAGAGAGCAGGCAUGUCUCCGACAGCAGUAUACUGAGAUCAAGCGGUGGAUCUUGCAAGAAAAGCAACGGCUUGCAGCCCACAGGGAACAGGGAACACUUGAGUCAGGGGUUCAGACGGAUCUCGUUCUUCCUAUUGGUUUAUCAAGUCAGGGGACUGAGAAAGAAGGCAGUGUUGAAACAGUCCCUCCGUCACUCUUAAUGGGUGACAGGAAAAGGGUGGUGCAGGAGGAACUGCUGAAGCAUCAUGCAUUGCGCAGAGCUGAGAACCGUGUGCGCCGCAAAAGGUUACAUUACCAACUGGAGAAGAUUGCACGAAAGCGCCAUCUGUUGGAGGCUAAGCGAGAGCUGCAGAGGAUGGAAAAUGAACUUCUACAAGGAGGCGAUGAAGCCUUGUCUCCAGAACUGGGGUGCUCCUCAAAGUUCAGGGGACGUCCAAUGACUUUACGAAGGCAUUCCUUUUCUGCUGAUCUGCUGUCCCGAUUGUAUCCCCAGCACACUCCCAUUUUUAGCCAAUUCCUUAAAAGGAAUACAUCUUCUGAGUGUACAGCAUCUCAAGGUGGCUUAGCUUGUCCCACUAAAUGGGAAUCUGAUGAAUGUCUCCAAGAUCAAAAGAUCAGACGGCGUUCAAACACAAUGCCCUCAAGAUAUGACCAAGUUUCCUCAAGUUGGGCCAGUUUCUCAGACAGCUUCAAAAGCCCUUUAAAAGAUGCAAAUUCACUUGAAGCGAAAAAAGCAAAAACUGCUUCCUCAAGGUUGUUAGUCAAGAAAAGCACAAGUGACCAAUACAAGCAUUGUCUGGAUUCAAACACCAAAAGCACUAGAAAAGUAUUACCUAUAAUAAAACAGAAAACUACUGUUAAGGGAACAAAGAGUCUAUCUCAAGGUGGAAAUAAAAGUUUAGAGACCAUCCGCAAGGUUUUUUCACACUCUGUUGGUUCUGGGUUCAGGACUGCCUUGGCAAAAGUUUUCCGCAAGCCACCAUCAGGCUCGAAGGGACAUAGACGUGUGAAAUCUGUUAACCAAGUGAUAUGUCAAUUAAAUGAGAAGUCAAACAAAAAUAAGUCUGUGAAAGACCUCGAGAAAAAACAGGAACAGUGCCCCAUCAAAUCAACAAUGUCUUAUGAAAGUUUGGAGCAGCUUAGCUCACUAAAAAAUAAGCAACCAAGGCACUGGCAUAGUGCAGAAGCUCUGACGAGUACCAAGCAAUUUGUUGCAGUGCAAAAAGAAGCAGCUGGGUGGAUGAAACAAUGUGGUGGGGAGGAUCCCAAUGGUUCUUCAGAUUGUGAUAGUAUUUUCUCAUUGGAUUCGCUGUCGUCAGCUUAUGCUACAGCUCUGUCUGAGCAGCUUCAGCAAGAGGAAUAUGAUUCCAGUGAAGCUGAGAGUGAAGACAGUCGGAUGUCUCAAGAUUCUCUUGUUAUGGAGAGAAGUGGAAAGCAUGUAACUGCCAGACCAGUGCUCAGGUUUAAAAAAGUUCCAAGCCACUUAACCUCACAUCCGUCAUCGGCGUCAUUCAGCUCUCAGUCAAUCGGCAAUAAAGAGGAGAUGAAAAUAUCCAAAGAUGUACCUGCAGAGGUUUUCUGGAGCCUAAAUGGUAGUCAAAAGUUGAAACCGAUGAAUGGCCAAGGCUCUUGUCAAGCGUCUGAAUCUAGACCCUGUAGUGGUGCCAGUAUCAGAGAAACAGAGAAUCCUCUUGCUCUUACUGAUGCUUGGUCAUCCACUGAUGCAGCAGACAGUCCCAGAACCAUCAGGGCUUCAGGACACUUGCUAAAACAGGAUCCACACACACAGAGAAGUAGAUGCCAAGGCUCUACUAGUCUGGAUCUGUCAGACAACAUGAAUGUCUCAGAAAGCCAGAGCUCACCUCGCUCUGUCUCCACUCAGGAUGAAAAUGCAACACUUGAAGAACAAAAUAACACGUCCUUUGAGAAUACCUUGUUGUUUGAUAGCAAUGAGAGUAAUUCUAGUUUUAUAGUUUUAGGGCAGGAGAUGGAUUUUAAGAAGCUGAUUACCAAUGCAGAACCAUGUAUAACUCACACAGUGUGUGAUUCUACAGAUAUCAAACCAGAUGGGGUAGCAUACACAAAUAAACUAACCACUGAAUAUGAAUCACUGAAUCCCAUUGUGACUGAAGCAUUGGUGACUAACUCUUGUUCCAAAGAUGGUGACAUCUCAACAGAUACUAGAAUUUUAAAGUGCUUACCAGUUAACUUGAGUAGGAAAGAUUCACAUAAUAGUGAGGAAAACCCAUCAUCGUAUCCAAUGUACCCUGAGGAUUCUUCUUUGAAGUCAAACUUAAACCUAACAAUUGGUUAUCAGGUUUCAACAUACAACAAUGCAGGAGAUCCAGAAGUAAAGAACUCAAAAGCAACACCGAUUCUAAAUGAACCACUCAUCAAUGCAAGCAAUGACCAUGGCAAAACCACGGAUGAUGAAGAAAAUAAUUGUUUCUACACAAAACAGUGCACUGAAAUGGCUUGCAUAAAAGAUACCAAAAAUUAUGCCUUGACAAUCGAACAAUCAGAAAAGCAUGAUGAAGAAGUUAAUAGUUUUGGCAGAGAUGGUGAACGCUUUUGUGUCCAGUUGGGGAAUGAGUCAGUCACUGGAACAUGUAAAAUGAAAAGCUUUGUGGGAAAUAUGAAUCUAUCAAAGAAAAAUGAUGAUGUUUCAGACACUGAGACAACACUCUUAAAUAUGAAUCAGGAACAGUCUAUUUGUUCAACUAUCAACAGUGAAUCAGUAAAAAAUUUAUCUGUUUUGGAAAAUUUGCUCACUAAGAUGGAAAACUCUGAUCAAGAGCUUAAAGAGAAGGAAAUGGAAAGUGCAUCACCAACUAGUGAUGCUCACAAGGAUUUAUUCAGCAAAGAUCACAUCAAUAUUUUUAGAAAUGACAGCAGUACAUUCGAUAGUGAAUUGACACCAACAAAUUGUGAUAGCCUGAAAUCCUCUAGGAGUCCUGAGAUUAAAAACAUUAAUGACAACUGUAAAGAGGAUACAAAAUAUGCAAUUCAGAUUUUGGAGAGAAAGACAUUCAAUAACAGAUAUUUUCAAAUGAGCAACUCUGCAAUUAAUGAUAAAAUAUCAGAGGUGGUGAAAGAACACUUUAAUUUGUCUCUGAGAGAAGGCUGUGGUGAAGAUCACGAGUUGGACACAAAGAAAGAAAACGCUUCUUUUGUUAAACUGGAUGAUUUCAAGUCCAAGACAAACAACUAUGAAUUUGAUUACAAAAGUACUCAGGAUGGACAUGGUGAAAAUAGUAAUUCCCAGCAUUUCUCACGUAUGGCAAAAUCAGACAAUUAUACGGACAACACUACUGUGCACUUGGAGAAUGGAACAGAAUCAAGACAUUCUUUGACUAUGAGUAGUAACUCUAAUGGCACGGAAGAGUUUAUUGUGAGGAAGACAGAGAGAAAAGCAGAACAAGAAAGUCCUAAAUGUGGAUAUAUUAACGAAAACGUGGAGUCCGUACCAUAUUGUACUAUAGAGGCACAGAGCACAGAUCGAGUAAAUUCAAGUGAAUCAGUGUUGUCUUGCGUUAAGGAAACUAUUAUUGGGUUGAAUACAUCAAGAGAGAACAUUAUUGUAUGCACCCAACUAAGAAAGUACAUUGAUGCUUCAAACCCUGUUCAAAAGCCACCCUGCAUGUAUGCACAAGCUACUCCAUCUCUUAAGCUGACAAAUGGAUUAGAUAAAGUCCAGAAAGAUCUGAAUGCACAGAUUGUCAACAAUGAAACAAAACAAAAUGAAAUAUAA